AUGGUCCACCAGGUGCUCUACCGGGCGCUGGUCUCCACCCGGUGGCUGGCCGAGUCCGUGCGCGCCGGGAAGCUGGGGCCCGGCCUGCGGGUGCUGGACGCGUCCUGGUACCCGCCGGGCACCAGGGACGCGCGCCGGGAGUACCGGGAGCGCCACGUGCCCGGCGCCUCCUUCUUUGACAUGGAGGAGUGCAGGGACCGGGCAUCCCCCUACGAGAUGAUGCUGCCCAGCGAGGCGGGCUUCGCGGACUACGUGGGCCGCCUGGGCAUCGGCAACGACACCCACGUGGUGGUGUACGACGGCGACGACCUGGGCAGCUUCUACGCGCCCCGCGUGUGGUGGAUGUUCCGCGUGUUCGGCCACCGCACCGUGUCCGUGCUCAACGGCGGCUUCCGGAACUGGCUGAAGGAGGGCCACCCGGUGACGUCCGAGCCCUCCCGCCCGGAGCCCGCCGUCUUCAAGGCCACCCUGGACCGCUCCCUGCUCAAGACCUACGAGCAGGUGCUGGAGAACCUUGAGUCCAAGAGGUUCCAGCUGGUGGAUUCGCGGGCCCAGGGGCGGUACCUGGGCACCGAGCCCGAGCCGGAUGCCGUAGGACUGGAAUCGGGCCACAUCCGAGGCUCGCUCAACAUGCCGUUCAUGGACUUCCUGACGGAGGACGGCUUUGAGAAGAGCCCAGAGAUGAUCCGAGCUAUGUUCGAGGCCAAGAAGGUGGACCUCGCCAAGCCCCUCAUUGCUACCUGCCGCAAGGGUGUCACCGCCUGCCACAUUGCCCUAGCCGCCUACCUCCUCGGCAAGCCCGACGUGGCCAUCUAUGACGGCUCCUGGUUUGAGUGGUUCCACCGGGCCCCCCCAGAGACCCGCGUGUCCCAGUCGAAGGACGGAAAGGCCUGA